AUGGCAGGCAGCACCAUGGUGGCCGGGGCUCUGGGCGCCGGCCUAUCGCGGUGGGUCGUUGUUUGUUGGGCAGGGCGAUUUCUGUGCCUGUCAGAUCCCGGUGGCAGGCGAAGACGGCGCGAACCCCUCAGGGCAGCCCCCCUGCAGGACGCCAAGUUGUCGAUGGAUCAUGAUCGAGAUUGA